AUUACUGAGCUUAAAUCAUACUUAAAGGCUAAGGGCGCCAAGGGUCUUGAUUCCAUACCAGCUACCGCAGAAAAUUGGGUUGAGGAUCUUAAAAAAUGCAUAUCCUAUAUAAGCAUUUGCUGGAAGGAUGAUACAAUCAAUGAUUCGGAUGCUGAUGAUAUAUUUACUACCGUCGCAUCCGCUAUUUUGAGUCUUCCUCCUCAACAUCUACCUGAAAUUGUGGAUUUGUUGUGUAAAGAAUAUGAAGGUUUUUCUGGAGAAAAUAUUCGUAAACAUUUUGUGAUGCUUCUUUCUCUAAAUGUCAUAUUUUCUGGUUCUCCUUACAAUAAUAAAUGCAAAUACAAGGCUUAUUAUGCAAUCCUCACUUGUGCCGCUAAGCGCAAUACAUUACAACAAGUCGUAACAAAUUCUAUUAAAAUAUCUGAAUGGCUGGAUGAAAUUGAUGCAUCAGUAGACGAACGUCGUGAAUUGUGGAGAAAAUUACAUGAAGUUCACGCUGCCUGUGGUGACACAAGACGAGCUAAUGAAUUCAUGAUCCUGCUACUUUCAACCUAUGACGAGGCAAAUGCAGCAACGGCUCGGUGUGAUGCCGUUAGAUGCAUCAUUUCUGUUAUCAAUGAUGUUGCUAUCCUGGCUCACGAUAAGCUCUUGUCCAUCAAACCAAUUCAAUUCCUAGAAGGUGAACCUGUUCAUAAGGUACUUUAA